UUCUUUUUCUUGUUCGUUGCUUUUAGGUUUCCUAACGAAGAAAACCAAUCUCUCCCUGUGCGCGACAAUGAGCGAUGGAGAAGACGCAGUGCGUCGACGUAGUGUGUUGGCGGACUACCGUAAAAAGCUCCUCCACCACAAAGAACUCGAUUCUAGAGUCCGAUCAGUGAGGGAGAGUUUACGUGGUGCUAAGAAGGAGUUCAACAAAACGGAGGAUGAUUUGAAGUCUCUUCAGAGUGUUGGGCAGAUCAUUGGAGAAGUUCUCCGGCCUCUUGACAAUGAACGCUUGAUCGUAAAAGCAAGUAGUGGACCCAGGUAUGUAGUUGGCUGUCGCAGUAAGGUGGAUAAGGAAAAACUGACUGCUGGAACAAGAGUGGUUCUUGAUAUGACAACACUCACAAUCAUGCGAGCUCUUCCACGUGAAGUUGAUCCAGUUGUUUAUAACAUGUUGCACGAAGAUCCUGGUAAUGUCAGCUAUUCAGCUGUGGGUGGGUUAUCAGAUCAAAUCCGAGAACUCAGGGAAUCAAUUGAGCUACCUCUAAUGAAUCCUGAACUCUUUCUUAGAGUUGGAAUUAAACCUCCCAAGGGUGUUCUUCUUUAUGGGCCUCCUGGUACUGGGAAGACAUUAUUAGCUAGAGCAAUUGCCAGUAAUAUAGAUGCCAACUUCUUGAAGGUUGUUUCAAGUGCAAUAAUUGAUAAAUACAUUGGGGAAAGUGCAAGGUUAAUACGAGAAAUGUUUGGAUAUGCACGUGAUCACCAACCCUGCAUUAUUUUUAUGGAUGAGAUUGAUGCCAUCGGUGGACGCCGUUUCAGUGAGGGAACAAGUGCUGACCGUGAAAUACAAAGAACACUGAUGGAGUUACUUAAUCAGCUUGAUGGAUUUGACCAGCUUGGGAAGGUUAAAAUGAUUAUGGCAACAAACCGGCCUGAUGUUCUUGACCCUGCACUUCUUCGUCCUGGGCGAUUAGACAGAAAGAUAGAGAUUCCAUUGCCAAAUGAGCAAUCAAGAAUGGAAAUCCUUAAGAUUCAUGCGGCUGGGAUUGCCAAGCAUGGCGAGAUUGACUAUGAGGCUGUUGUAAAGCUUGCAGAGGGAUUUAAUGGGGCUGAUCUUCGUAAUGUUUGCACGGAGGCUGGAAUGUCUGCUAUUCGUGCAGAACGUGAUUAUGUGAUACAUGAAGAUUUCAUGAAGGCUGUUCGGAAACUGAAUGAAGCAAAGAAACUUGAAUCUAGUGCUCACUACAAUGCUGAUUUUGGGAAAGACUAGAACACAUGUUAUUCCAUUUCAAGAGCCAUGGAAGAUCGAGGCAGUGCAUUUUCUCAUUCUAUCAAGCAGGGAGCCAACCACAGCAUGCAUAAUUUGGGCAUGCUAAAAGUUUUGUGCUUCAAUACAGUAAGGCAAAUGUUAGCUGAACCUGAAAAAUUCAAUUGCCAUUAAAGAAAGGAAACUUGGGUAGAAAGAGCAAAACAACUAUUUCCUAUCAUCUUUUUAUUUUUGGUAUAAUUUCUCAUACAUUUUAUUACCUGCUACUUGAUUUUAUUUUUAUUGUAGCCACAAUGGUGAUAAAUUUAUGUAGAACAAUUCUUCUUUUCUAAA